AUCAAUAUUUAUCUAACGUAUCGAGGUAAUAGUCUGUCUCGGGGUCUAAGAUCUUAUCUAAAAGCGGGAAAUUUUACGAUUAAGUGAUUCUUUCCUAUUCGUUAGAUUAGAUGAAUGAUAAGGCGUGAUCACGCGUGCGCGACAGAUUCGCGUCGUCACAUUUCCCUUUUCUUUUUUUUUCUUGUCGGAUCGUGUGACGUAAGACUAGUCGACUUUUGUAAAUUUUUAAUUAUAUACUCUCUUUAUUACUUUUUUAAUACAAUAAACACAUUUAAACGACGAAUAUAUACACCAAAAGAAAUGGAUAAUUUCUUGUUCAAUGGGAAUAAACUAUUCGUUAUUCAAAGAUAAAAUAUAAAGUUUUUAAUUCAGUAUAUAAUAACAAUUACGAUGAACACGAUCCGCCAACAUAGGUUCCUUGAAUGUGGUGAAGAGUAAUUAAUCAUAUAUGACAACAGUAGAAAAAUUCCCUUGACUUCGAACACACCUGGAGAUGAAGGCAGCCUAUUCUAAGUAGAACCGCAUAGCGAAAGUCUAUUUCACGCGAUUCGACUGUUCAAUAGGUUAGGAAUAUCAUACUGGGGAGGCGAAAAAUACGCCACUAAAUCGGCAUAUAAAAGCGCAAAAUUUCAAAUGUCAUGCGAAGGGCAGUAAGUGAUUGGACGUUCAUUGGCCAAUUAGCUAUCGCCUCUUUGUAGUCCUCACCCAAUGAACAGGCGUUGUAUAAUUGGUCUUUUAAGAAAACUGAAAAAGACUAUCUUGCCUGAAUUGUGCAUUUAGUUUGACAGCAAGGAUGUCGUCCGAAUCGAAAGCAGAUAUCAUAACAACAAGAUCUUCAAUUUCACCAACUUCAGCCCAAAAUGAGGCACUCAGACGAAUUUUACCUCUAGCCUUACCCGUUAUCCUACCCUCGGUUUAUCCAUCUAUUGAAGGUAUAUAAGCUAAAUUUGCAUAUCAAAGCGAUUCAAAAGCAACCUAAACCGUAUCGCGAUAAGAAUGCAAAUCAGCUUCGGCUCUUUGCUCUCAAAUAAAUUAUGCGUUUAGAACGCGAAACGGUUUAGUUUGUCGUACACCACCGUUCGUUAUGGAACAAAAGAAUUACACGGCAGGUCAAGGAAGAGUCAACCAGUUAGGAGGGGUUUUUAUCAACGGACGUCCAUUACCGAAUUCGAUUCGACUCAAGAUUGUCGAAUUAGCUGCUGCAGGAGUUCGCCCAUGCGUCAUAUCAAGGCAAUUGCGUGUGUCCCAUGGAUGUGUUAGUAAGAUUUUACAGAGAUACCACGACACUGGUUCAAUUCGGCCCGGAGCAAUAGGAGGAUCUCGUCCUCGUGUAGCAACACCAGCUGUGGAGCAGACAAUUCAAAGCUGUGAAAUACGUGAAAAACUCAUAAAAGAUGGAGUUUGCGAUAAGAACACAGUUCCAAGCGUCUCUUCGGUAUCGAGAAUUCUUCGUCAUAAUCAAGAAUCGUCUGAUAAAGUUAGUCAUUCUAUUGACGAUAUUCUCCGUACUCAACGUGAAACUAUAAUCGAUGCGAAAGCCGAAGAUGAGGUUUCAGUCGAAUCGGAACCUGGUUUAACUGUUAAACGAAAACAAAGGAGAUCACGAACAACUUUUACAACUAGUCAAUUAGAACAAUUAGAGGCAGCGUUUGAAAGGACUCACUAUCCUGACGUCUAUACCAGGGAGGAGCUAGCCCAACGAACUAGAUUAAGCGAAGCAAGAGUUCAAGUAUGGUUCAGCAAUCGCCGGGCAAGAUGGAGGAAACAGGUCGGCUCCCAAUGGCCCGCUCCAUCAGUAUAUUCUAACUAUUUUACACCGACGUCUGCUCCCCCACCUCCACCGCCGCCAACAGUGACAAAUCCUUAUCUUUCGGCACCUCCCCCACAUCAUCAUCAUCAUCCACCUCCACCCCCUCCGCAACCCUCGAAUUCAGUAGUUGACCAGUGGAAUCCCUGGAAUGGAACAGCCUACGUAAACAACUCAGCAGAUAUGCAAGAUUCGCUUCUUCGUUUUAGAUCGAGAGAAUUAGGAAUUCUUUCCUAUUAGAGGCUAUCAAAGAAAUAGAAUAAUAAUAAAUAAAGUUAUAAAAUUAUUGAGGACGAAAGAGUAAGAAAUGAGGAAGAAAAGCUUAGAACCAGAACAAAAAAAGGAGUUGAUGAAAAAAAGGGGUUUUCGUUUCAUAUUAUAAAAGUUGGGUGGAAUAAUAGUUCGAUUUUGCCGACUCAUUCAUCCAACACAGCGUGCUACCUGUUAGGCCUGUAAUUAUCCGACCUUCUAAAUGCUAUAAAAGAAUAUUAUAUACACGUAUAUAUUGGAAUAAAAUAAAGUUCCGUAAAAAAAAAUAAAUUAUAUCAGAG